AGUCGCGCGGUGCGCCGACAGCCGUACCGCUUGAGCCGUGCCGGGGAGAGGACGUAGCCGCGCCGUGCUCCGGACGGACGUGGCGUGCGGGCCGCGAGUGAGCGCCGGUGGUGACCCGAGCUGACCCGACGUGCGGUGGUGUGUCGCCGCGCCUGUCUGGUGAUCUUUCCCACGUGGAUCGUCUGUUGUAACCGGAACCGCCCGCAGCGCUGUGCCGGGAACUCCGGAGAGUGCCCACGGGACGCGGCGGGCCGCCUGCCGCCUGCCGCCGCUGCCACCGCCAACUGCUGGGGAUGUCGACAGACUGCCAGGCGGUGACCGGCCGGCUCUGAUGGGCGGGCCAUGCCGCCCCGCCGGCCGGACCGGAGCAUGAGGACGGCCUGGAUGGUGCUACUGCUCGCAUACCUACCGGCAACGACCGGAGUGGACAUGGGCAGAGGCAAGCACGUGACGGCCCUUGUGGGCCGGAAAAGUGUCAUCCUGGACUGUCCUCUCGACUUCCCCGAUGGACAGCCUGUCCCCUACGUCAUCGAAUGGAAGAAACAGAACUCCAACACGCCCCUCUACAUCUGGUACGACGGAUACCCUCCGCACGUGGCCGACCCAUACAAAGGCCGUGUGAAGCGGGUCGACCUGAGCAGCAAGCACUACGGCAUGGCCUCCCUCAACAUGACCAAUGUGACCGAGUCGGACGCCGGCUGGUACGAGUGUGUGGUCCACUUUUUGGACCGGUCGCCGGCCGUGCUCGGAAACGGCACCUGGGUCCAUCUGGACGUGCAUGCGCCACCAAGACUGGUGCGGAAACCGCCCGCUAAUAUUUUCGUCAACCUCGGUGAUUCGGAGAUACUGGCGUGCGUGGCACAGGGUACACCGGAGCCUGUCAUCAAGUGGUAUAAGGAGGACAAACGAAUUCAGGAUACGGAGACGGUGGCGGUAAAAAACGACGGAACAGAGCUGCGGAUAACUCGAAUAAGUGAGGCCGACACGGGCGAUUACAUCUGUGUGGCUGAAAACACCGAGGGAAGCGUACACUCAACGACCAAAGUCAUCCUAGCAGGUGGCGCUGUGAUCACCAGCGGCCCUGCCAACCUCACACGAAUGGAGGCCACUCAGGCCGUGUUCACCUGCGAGGGCCGGGCGCUGCCGGCCAACUUCACCAUGCGCUGGCUGCGAGACGACAUCCCUGUGGAGCAGCACAGCGGUCUGGAGAGGCGCUUCCACAUCUCCAACAACGGCUCGCUGGUGAUCGACCCCGUGGCGGCCGAGGACUCGGGCAUGUUCACCUGCGAGGUGUCCAACGGCAUCGGAGCGCCCAAACGCGCCUCGGGAUUCCUCGAGGUCGAGUAUGCGGCCCACGUACCAUACACGCCGUCUAUGCAGUACCUGCCGGCCGGCCUACAGGGAGUGAUUCGCUGCCACAUCAAGUCCAACCCACCCAUCCAGUUCAUCAAGUGGUACAAAAACAAACGCGAGUUCGACCCCAAAGUCGAGCCCGGCCUCCGACUGCUCAUGAACGGCUCAAUACUCAUCGAUACGGUGCGUCCGGAACACCAGGGCGUCUACACGUGUCGGCCGUUCAACUCUCACGGCUCGAGCGGCGAGUCUGGCAACAUGCAGGUGGUGGUCAGGGAGCCUCCGAGGUUCGUCAUCCGGCCCAAGAACCUGUACCAGAGGAAGGUACACGACUCCAUCGAGAUGCCGUGCACAGUGGAGGGCUCGCCCACACCCAAAGUCGUCUGGAGGCGGCACGAUAAUCAAAGCCUUCCGAGCGACCGGGCAAUCGUCAACGAGGGGAACAUCACCAUCAAGUCGCUGAAAAAGUCCGACUUCGGUUACUAUGAGUGUGUAGCACGGAACAGCGUCGCCACAAUUGUAACGUCCACCCAGCUGGUGGUGGAGGGCACGACGCCGCACGCGCCCUACAACAUCACCACCAACGCGUCCAGCUACGCCAUCACCAUCCAGUGGCUGCCCGGGUACAGCGGCGGCGACAACUUCGACCAAAAGUACUUCGUCUGGUAUCAGCAGUACGGCACUGCCAACUGGAACACAUACGAGGUGGAGCCGCCGGGCGCCUCGCGGGUCACCAUCUACCGGCUGCUGCCCAACACGCGCUACGAGCUGAUGGUCUCCGCCAAGAACGACCUCGGCGACGGCAUGUUCUCCGACAAGGUCAUCGUCAAGACGCUGGGCGUUUUGCCGACUGACGCCGCCGCCGACGGCUUCUUCCCCGCCGUUUUUGUUUCGAAAGGGCCGAAGCCGAACCCGGCGCGGGACCUGAAGAUGGAGGGUCUGUCUCAUGGCAACCUGCUGACCUGGGCGGCGCCUGUAGAGGUGCCCGAUGUACCGGUACACUACUACUCACUGCGGUACAAACCCGAGGAGGGCAAAUGGAAGCGGCUCGGACCGGAUAAAAUCACCGACACCGAGUUCUUAGUGCGGAACCUGGACCCGGGCAUCUACUCGUUCCGUGUGUACGCCCACUCAGACUCCAGCUUCAGCGUUAGUCCUGUGCUGGAGUAUGAGAUCUCGGACCGGAUACAGCAGAAGGCCAUCACUGCCGCACUGGUCGGCGGUCUGCUGCUGCUCAUCGUCUCCAUCAUCCUCUCCGUCUGCACCGUGAAAAUAUGCAACAAACGAAAACGAAGGAAACAAGAGAAGGAGUACAAUAUGGUGGCGUGUCGGGUCACCGAGGCUCGUAACGGUCUGCACAGUCCCGUGCCUUUGAAAAACCUUGUCCGCCGAGUACCGGGUCUGAUUCGGCACGCCAGCAACCUUCUGUACCGGCCGCGGCUCUCGGCCGGCCUCUCGCAGAGUCUCAUCGACGAUCUGGACCUGACGCCGCGCCGCGCCAAAAUGGUCUACAGCGUCGAGAUGGAGUACAGCCAGCCGCUGGCCUGGAUCGCGCGCACGCCAGACGGGCGCUUCGUCGUCAACGGUGACGAUGACGGCGGUUUUCUGACGCCGAGCGGUGAGCGUCGGCGGCGGCUGCGGCAGGCGGCGCGUCCGCUCCAGUCGGGGAUCUACCACGUCCACCCGCGCCGCUCGCCACGGACCCCGGUGCCGGCUGGACGCAGGGUGAGUCACGGGUUCGGCAAACACCAGAUCCCCGAGCACGCGCCCACCUCGCCCGUGGCGCUGUCACCCGACGGCCGCCGGUUCCGCGCCUCCUCGCCCGGCCCUCUGGCCGGCCAGCUGGGGCCGUUCGAGUUCUCCGACCUGAGCUCGGUGGCCGUGCCCGGUUCGAUAGAGAGGACGUUUCCCAGCACGGUGCUGUCGUCUGGGUCCCAGCCGUCGCAGGGGGCGACCCCGGCCACCGGAACGGCGGCGGCGAUGGUGCAUCGGCGCGACGCGGCGCCGCAGGAGACGCCGCGGCGGCGGCCCGACCCGCGACUGCCGGCUCUGCGGACCAUCCAUGAGGCGGCGGCGGCCGGCGCGUCACCCCACUACGAAAACUGGCCGGUGGAGGGCCGGUGGCGCUCCGCAGUUGCCGGCCCGGCCGACACCCGGCUGCUGCGGCUGCUCGACCCGCGACUGGCGUUCCGCGACUCGGGCCAGCACGUGCACACGGUGGGCCACAUCGAGCCGCCGCGGAUAGCGGACAUCCCGCGGCCGCGGCCCCGGCAGCGGCCGCAGCCUGUGUACGCCAACGUGCCGCGCUGGUCGGCGGCCGGUGGCGACCCGUACCGGCCCCAGAGACCGCUGGCCACCAGCUCACCGCCGCCCGUGGCGGCCAUCCCGCCGGCGCCGCGCCGCUUCGUGUCCCGCGCGGAGCCGCAGGCGCCGGUGCCGCGGCCGGCGGCCGUGCCCGCGGUGCCCGCCGUGCCGGUGGGGGUGGGGGUGCCCCCGGUCGCCGUGCCGCCGGUCGCGGUGCCCCCGGUAGCGGUACCCGCCCGGACGACCACUGAGGAGUCGCCCUCCAGCUCUCUGGGCCGCACGGACCGGCCGCUGGCGUACACCCGCGAUCGGCUGCAGGCCGCCAUCGGCCGGGUGCGCUCCCAGCUGGGUCUGCUGCGACCGGCCAGCGCGCCGGCGCUCUCCCGCUGGCCAGAGGACGAGCUGCCGCCGCACGAAAAGUCCAGCUCCAGCGGGCUGGGCUCCAGCAGCAAAAACACCUCGCAGCGGACCCACUCGUCGUCGGGUCUGUCUCAGCAGCUGGCCGACUCUCAGCUGACGGAGCCGCCGCCGUCGCCGCCGCCGCCGCCGGCGCUGCCGCCCUCACUGCCGCCCACCCACUGGCGGCCGGUGGAGCGGCCGGGCACUCAGCUGCCGGCCCAGCUGCCCUACCUGCCUCCCUACCUGCCGCCGCCCGCCUACCUGCCGCCGGCGCAGCCGCUCGACAUCUCCGUGGACGACCAUUACGAGUUCGACCCGGUGCUGACUCCCGGCACGGAGUCUCCGGGUGGAGCGGCUCCCGUGCUGCCCCGCUCGCGAGUCCGGCCCGUUCCGGAGAUGGAGGCGCGCGUGCAGGCCAUGAGGCAGGAGUUCCAGCGGUACCGACAGCGUCGCGCGCGCCGGCACCGCAGUGGAGACGAGCCGGUGACGGAGACCGUUUGCUGAGAGGCGCCCGCCGCCCACCCCCUGUGUUCGCACAUACGCUACUGCCAUUCUGCUUUACGUUAGCCACCACAGUACAACCCGCGUGCUUUUGUUCAGCGCGUUGCUUGCGCUCGCCGGUGGUUCGGGGGUUAUUGUUUGUUUGGUUGGUGUAUUGGUUGUUGGUUCGAUUGGGUAUUCUUGCGAUGUUUUGUUCGUUUUUUAUCUCGAUUUUUCGCCCGGCAUUUUGUUCGAGUGUUUGCGAUUUUGUUGCGGCAGCUGGUGAGAUUUUUUGUUGCGUCGUUAUCGCGUGUGACCUGCAUUGUCGAGGCAUUGCAUUUGCGUUCCUUGGUUCAAAUGUGACAGCUUUAACGCGGCGGCGGCGGCGGCGGUCGGCCGGGCUCGUCUGCUGGCCGUGUCUCCUUCGAGCACGAUCCUGUGAUAACUGACGCGCCAGAGAGGCCCCUCUCGGAGCCCUGGGUCCCCGCGGGGCCCACCAGGUCGGGGAGGGUCUCAUCGGACCCCGGACUGGCGCCACAACCUGUACAUAGCGCGAGAUUCGUCGCGACGUCAUACAAGUCUGUGUACAUACCGUCUUUUGUAUCGCUGUUCGCGUCCCGUCCCCCGUUCCCCAGUAGUCGUUUUGAACGCAGUGGCCCAUCGUACCGGUCGACGCGGCCACCCUCCACCCAGUUCGACGGCCGCGACUGCCGCACGGUUGCCUAGCAACCAGGGCCCCAUCCGUUGAUCUCCAUGGCGACGGGUGGACCACUGCCGGCCAGUUAAUUCCCGGUCCGGACCGGACCGGACGCCCCCCCCCCCCGUGCGGUCUCCUGACUAGGUGCACCGCUCGGACCCGCCGCUCGCUCGCGACCCCUCUCCCCCGCGGCUCCCACUCAGUGACAUGACCCGUGCAGUCUAGUGCUAGCUCGAGUGUGUGGGCCGCCGUGCCGGCGGCUGGCGGCGUUGUUUUGUUGAAGCGGUUCGCGCUGUCGGCCCGGACUCUGUUCACGUUUGGCGCGGGCCGUGCGCCGAGUAUGUGUUUCUCUUCCCUCGAUAUUACCUCACGGGCAUGCUGUUUUAGUCACUGACGCAACGAAUGCUCAAGGCGUGGGCCGGUGGGGUCACGGCGGCCGGACCGAAUCACCUUUGCUUGGCGUCGCAUGUAUUAUAUAUUGUACCACUUGUCAAAUACAGUGUUCUUUUGUACAAGGA